AUGGAUGGACAAGAUUUCUUGGCAAAUGAUCCGAUCGUAAGGAAUGUCGCAACGGUAACAUUACUUAUUUAUUUCAUUGCUGCUAUUGUUGGCAUCCCAGCAAAUAUUUAUGUGCUGAUUCGAAUGAAAAAAAAUGAUAGUGAAAAAUAUCGCAGUGGUACCGGUAUAGCACUUUGCUCAAUGGCCGCUGCUGACCUUUGCUCUUUAUUGUUGAUACUAUCACAAAAUCUCAUGCAAUUAUAUUCACAAUUUGAUGACAAUGAAGUGCUUAUGCAUUAUAUUUGUAAGAUAGUAUUAUUUUUGACGCAUACAGUAACGGGUAUUUCUAUUUGGUCAUGGCUAUUACUUUCAACACUUCGUUACCUCGCCAUAAGGCAUCCACUCUUCCAUCUUCAAUUAUGGCAAAUGCCAUGUCGAGCUUUAUCAUUUAUUAUAAUAGUAUCAUUGGUGUUGAAUGCUUGGCUUUUAUUGGCCGUUCAUUCCACUGAAUUUGGUUGUAUUCAACAGGCACUAUUCCGAUCACUUGCUUGGAAUCGUUUAUUUCAUAUUAUUGAAUGUGCUUGGAUGGGAUCGUGCGACUUCGAUUUAAUGCAAAUGUUUUCAGCAAAAAAAAGAUCUGAACAAACUUUUGAAUCACUAACUAUUGUUUGUGUAUAUUCUCGUAACAAUCAAACACUUACUCGACAUAAGCAUAAUCGUACAUUAUGGAGAUGGUUGGUGAUUGCAUUAAUUUGCAUAAUGUUGAAUACACCAGAAAAUAUGUAUCGAUUGGUGAUAUUAUUUGGAAUGUACGAUGUUCACGAAGAAGCGCUUCACUUCUCAGCGCGAAUGCUUGCGCAAGCGCUUUAUUUUAGCCAGUUUGCAUUUAAUGCUGUGUAUUUGGCACUAUUUGUAUUCGAUAAAUCAACCAGACCAAAAUCAUAUUUCGAGCAUUCCACGAACUCGAUGCCUUUAGGCCAAUCAUAAAAAAGGCCAAGCAAAUUGACGUUAUCGCGUUUCAUAUUUGAUGUUAGAAUAAAUAUUCCGGCGCAGAUGUUACGUCAAGAAGAAUGCCGCGUACCAUUUAUUCUCGCUCACGGACCACGUUCACUAGAAUUUGAAUUUAAAAUUAAUGUAGCAGAUUUUCGCAAAGAAAAUCCAACAUUGCUAGUGGAUUGUCAAAGUGAAUUGCGUAUGCAAAUUUCUGGAUUAAUUGCAAUACGUUUCGGUGCUUCAAAAGAUAUUAAUAAUACCGUUGAUACAGAAGUGAUAAUGAACGAAAUGCAGGAAACAGAUUUCGAACAUACAUUUAUCAUACGUGGUAUUGAUCCAUUCUUGGAAUCACUGCAUAAUAUUAUUUCAUCAACGAAAUAUGAAAAUGGUUUAAUCGGUUUUAGCAUUCUUAUAACAUAUCAGGAAACGGAAUUCAUGCAAUUUGUUCAACAGAAAAAUCGACUUCGACCAUUUACCUAUACAGAAAUCUGGAAUUGCCAAUUAAACAUCAAAGCUUACAGAGAUUUCAAAGUGUAUGGUUCAGAUGCAUAUUCCAUAAUGUAUUCAAAAUGGAUACUUUAUAUGAGUACCAAAUAUUUUCAUAAAUUGAUCGAUGAAAAUCCAAACAUCAAUGAAGCAACAUUAAAUUAUCCCCAUGAUGUUAUCAUUCAUGCUAUUUCUUUAGCAUUGAAAAAUCAGUUCCAGCAGGAAUAUAACAAGAAUAUUAGAAAAAUGUGCCAGAUAAUUGAAUUACUUUGCAUAUUAGAACCAAUUAAUGUGGAUAUAGCUAUCGAAAAUGUUGCUAUAGAACUUCAAUGCAGCAUUUUUGAUGAAUGGAAAUAUGUAGAUUUAGAUGAUUUAGUACAAAUACUAACAUUACCAAAGUAUUGGGAAUUGGAAGAGUUGAAAGUUGCAGUACGAUCUGUGAUCAUCGAUCUUCAUGGCAAACAGUUCCAAAAAGAGUAUAAUGAGCAAUCAACAGGUGAACGAUGUGCAAUGUAUCGAGAGCUUAUAUCUAGCGGUGUUUUAGAUGAGAAAUCUAAACCAGUAGAAAGUGAACUUGCAAAAAUCAAAAGAAUGAGCUGGAAAAUGAGCACGUUUUAUUCCAAAGAACAAGCUAUUAUCCUUUCACAUCGAGGUCACAGCGAAUUCAUCUUACCAUCUGAACUCGUAAAUAUCACCCAUAGAACUACGAACGCAAUCGCUAUGGUACUUUUAAAUAUUGCAUUGGCGCUGCUAAAUUGUUUGUUAGCAUUACCGAGCUGUUUUGAUCCAACUGGACGUUGCUUAAAUGGUGGAGUAUGUUUGAGGCAAAUCACGAAUGAAGCCCACUCAACUAUGUGUUCAUGCUCAGCAGGUUAUAGCGGUGAAAAAUGCGAAAAAAUUGUUGACAUUUGUGAGGCAUUUCCUCAUUACUGCAAUGCGGGUACGUGUGUAAGUGUAAACGGAUCUGCUGUAUGUCACUGUUCUGUGGGAUACUUCGGUCAAAAUUGUGAAUACAGCUUCGAUAAAUGCAAGCUUGGAAAUAUAUGCAGAAAUGGCGGCACUUGUAUUGAUGAUAUCUGCUUGUGUAUGGAUGGGUUUAGCGGUGAACUUUGUGAAAGGCAUGUACCGGAAAGAGAUGACUAUUUGCGAACUGGAUGUGAAGAAUAUCCGGAAUUUUGUUCAUUACGUUUUGCUGACGAAACCUGUAACGACGAAUGUAAUAAUGAAAAGUGUUUUUUUGAUGGUUUCGAUUGUGUUGUGAAUGCACAAAAGUGUAGACUUUCUGACUAUUGCGCUUUGCACUAUAUGGAUGGGAAAUGCGAUGAAGAAUGUGCAGUGCCAGAAUGCGGAUAUGACGGUAUGGAUUGUGAUGGGAAUACGUUUUUUCGCGAUCUAACAGAAAGCAAUACGAUUGGCAUCAUUUUCGACGUGUCGCCAACUAAAGUUCUUGAUAAGAUAUAUUCACUCCUUUCAAAACUUGCACAGAAACUACACAAUCCAGUACAUUUAGCCCUAGAUAACAACAAUAAAACUCGGAUUUAUGAGUGGUCAUUUGAAAAUGGAAUUGGGAAACAAAUAGAUCUGAAGAAACGGUGGGAAAUGUCAAGAAACACAACGGGCGUUCUGAUUUACGUGGAUAUUGAUUCGACAUUUUGUAAAGAACGUCUCCAUUUGAACGGGUCAAAUUUUAUGCCUUGUUUCACAGACAUUUUUGGUGCCACUGCUUAUCUUUAUAGCGCACUUUAUGAUGAGGACAAAAACCGAAUAAGCUUGGAUGACGUUACUGUUGAAAGACUUUUCGUAGAAAGUAGUAGAAGCCGUUCUCUUCCGGUUAUUGCUAUCUUCUUUAUUUGUUUUGUCUUAAUUGGAAUAACACUGUCGUGUUUCUAUGGAAUUUAUGGAUUUUGUGAUGUGUUGAAAAAACGGAAUCUCAAGAAAAAUCGUGCUCCUGUUUGGAAAGUACCAUCUUCUUUGGAAAGUAAUGUAACCAGCUGGUCAACAUUAUCAUCCGUUGAAGACUACUGUCCUGAUAAGAAUGCUUGUCGAAGAAAUAGAUUACCAUCACUAUCUGAGCUUUUCUCAAAUUCAUUUUCUUGGAGGCAAGAGCAGCCGGGAAAUGUUAAUAAUGGUAAUGGAGAUUAUUAUUUGGGAUCAGACUUAUUAAAAGCAAUAAAAUGUAAUGACAUCAAAGGAGUAUCGUUUUUGGUGCUUCAUGGAGCGGAUGUGAAUUGUUCUGAUUCGGACAACAAUACAGCGUUGCAUCAUGCAGUGAUUGUUAACAAUGACCAGAUUAUUCGUUUGCUGCUAAGUACUCACCGAUGUAAUUUGCGAGCUGUAAAUAUCUUGGGACAAACACCACUCAUUUUAACUGUUAGAUUUUCGCAUGUUUCUGAUCUCUGUGCUCGGUGCAUCCUUGAUUUUAUGUACACUGAGUAUUAUCGACAAGCAGAAUCAGUAAAUGGUACUUCCACAUCACAGCGGAUUGCUUUGAUUCCGCAAAAUGGUUCAUCACAAUCAAUGUUGAUAACUCCUAAUAAUGUUUGCCGAUUCGAUCCUUCGUUGAAACCAGCAGGGUCAGUUGGUUGUGUUUCUGUUCAGGAUAUAUUGUCCGAAAAGAAUGAUCCAACACUGACUGAUAUUUUCGGACGUACCGCUCUUCAUUAUGCUGCGCUUAACAGACGCAUCGAUCUUUUACCGAUGUUGCACGCAUUUGGUCUUAAAUUAGACACCGAAGAUAGCAAGGGAGAAACGCCCUUAUAUCUGGCUGCCCGCGAAGGUCAUGUGGAUGUGGUUAAUUUAUUACUAUCGUUUGGUGCAAAUAGUAGAAUCACUGAUCAACUCGGACGCACACCGUUGGAUGUAGCAAAGGAAAGAAGGCAUUAUCUUAUUGUGGAACUUUUAGAAAAUGUGAAAGUUAAUAAUGUUGAUAUUCCAAAGACACUGAAAAAAAAACGAAUUCGUAAACCAUCAUGUUCAGGUACUUCAGCGAAAGGUAAGUCGAAGAGGAAAUCUCAGAUUCCAGUUUCAUCUUCUCAGGAGACCAUGUCAUUGAUUUCAUCAAAUACUGCGAUUGCAUCGAAUGUAGAUUACAUGGAAGACAUUGGGGACAUCAAUGACGAUAUGGCAAUAUCAAACUCAUUUCUGAAUUCCAUUGAAUCGUUUGUACUUACGCCACCUGGACAAAUAUUGGCAGAAGCAGAAAAAGACUUUGAUUUGGACGUUGUAAAUCCAGAUGGACAGGAUUACAUUGAUCUUUCGACGAUUUCAUACCUUCCAUCUGAAUUUUUCCCUGAUGACGCAUUCUCUAUGGAGUCUUUUGAGGUGCGAAUAUUUUGGAAUGAACUUUUUGUUCUUAUUUGCUUUUUAAAUUUUCGAGCUAUCAUUCCGCAAGAUAUAUAUCUCUUAAAGGAUUGA